GCAGCCCUCCGCGCCCCCUAUCAUGCCCCGGGCCCGGGCGGUGGCCUCCGACGCAGCCAGGACACCAUGCCCGAGGGCGGCGACGGCGGAGAGGUGCCCGUGCUCAUCCCGGACGGCGAGCCGCUGCGCGAGGAGCAGCGGCCCCUGAAACAGUCGCUGGGAAGCUCCCUGUGCCGCGAGUCGCACUGGAAGUGCCUGCUGCUCACGCUGCUCAUCCACGCCUGCGGCGCCGUGGUGGUCUGGUGCCGUCUGGCCACGGUGCCACGGCUGGUCCUGGGCCCCGAGGCGGCCCUGGCCCGUGGGGCCGGGGGUCCGCCGCCGACCUACCCAGCCAGCCCCUGCUCCGAUGGCUACCUGUACAUCCCGCUGGCCUUCGUCUCCCUUCUCUACCUCCUCUACCUGGCUGAGUGCUGGCACUGUCACAUGCGGUCCUGCCAGGCACCCCGCACGGACGCCAACACAGUGCUCGCCUUGAUCCGUCGGCUGCAGCAGGCCCCGCCCUGCGUCUGGUGGAAGGCCACCAGCUACCAUUAUGUGCGGCGCACGCGCCAGAUCACCCGCUACCGGAACGGCGAUGCCUACACCACCACGCAGGUCUACCACGAGCGGGCCGACAGCCGCACGGCCCGGGGCGAGUUCGACUACUCGGCCCACGGGGUCCGCGACGUCUCCAAGGAGCUCGUGGGCCUGGCCGAGCACGCGGCCACGCGGCUGCGCUUCACCAAGUGCUUCAGCUUCGGCAGCGCCGAGGCCGAGGCUUCGUACCUCACGCAGAGGGCUCGCUUCUUCGGCGCCAACGAGGGCCUGGACGACUACCUGGAGGCCCGUGAGGGCAUGCACCUGAAGGACGUGGACUUCCGCGAUUCCCUCAUGGUCUUCGCCGACCCCCGCAGCCCGCCCUGGUACGCCCGCGCCUGGGUCUUCUGGCUGGUGUCGGCCGCCACGCUGUCCUGGCCCCUGCGCGUGGUGGCGGCCUGCGGCACGGCCCACGUGCACUACCAGGUGGAGAAGCUCUUUGGCGCCAGCUCGCCCCCUCCCGGGGCAGUGCCCAGUGGGCCCCCGCUCUCCCGCGUGGCCACGGUGGACUUCACUGAGCUCGAGUGGCACAUCUGCUCCAACCGCCAGCUGGUGCCCAGCUACUCCGAGGCCGUGGUCAUGGGCGCUGGGUCAGGCGCCUACCUCCGUGGCUGCCAGCGCUGCCGCCGCUCCAUCAGCAGCAACUCGCUGCCCCCAGCCCGGCCCAGCGGGCCCCGCCUGCCCUUCAGCCGCAGCCGCCUCUCGCUGGGAGCUGGGGGUCGGGCCACGCCGGGGGUCUUCCGUAGCCUGAGCGGGGGGCCGCUGGGGCGCCGCGGGGAGGACACGGAGCCCCUGGAAAGCCCGCCAUGCUACGAGGACGCUCUUUACUUCCCGGUGCUCAUUGUCCACGGUGACAGCGGCUGCCAGGGGGACGGGCAGGGGGCGCUCUGACACCCCCGGCCCCCAGAGUGGCCCCUCCCCACCAUCCCACCAUGGGCUUAGAUGCUCAAGUAAUUAUUGUCCAAAACAGGAGGGAAAACAGACUAGCCGCACACAUGGGGUGGGUGGGUGCGGGUCCUUACGCAGUCUACAACGCGGUCACCUAGGGACAUUGGGGGGAUGGACAGGACCUCAACUGAGUCUAUGAACUGUCCCUGGCAUGGAUCUCCCCACCACCAUCAUGUUCCACCCACCUGAUGGCAGAUGGUCUGGUGAGGGGGUCUCUCAUGCUGGGCAGAGGAGGAAGCCUCCAGAACGCCUGGGAUGGGAGAGGAGUCCUGGUGACAGCUGUGGCCUGCAUCAGAGGACUGCCUGUGGGCUCUUGCCUGCUGUGGCUGAGCCCUCAUGCAACCCAGAAGCACAAGUUGGCGGUUUGGGGCCAUGUCGAGCUGGGCUGGUCUCCCUGAAGCUGAAGAGCUGGCGAUGGGGGCCCUGCAACCUUGGCCCACUGCCCACCAAAGUUAUCCCUGCUCCUCCCCUGAUGCACCCCUCCCUGCUUGCCCUCUCUCUCCCUCGGGGACAGU